AUGAAAAAUAUAAAUAUUUUAAUAUUUAUCUUUAUUUACUUAAUCGGGUUUGUUUUAUCAGAUGAUGAUGAAUUAAAAAUUAUUAGAGUUGAAAGAAUAGAUGAAAUUGAAUAUGGUUCAAUAGAUUGUUCAAUUAGAUUUAAUGUAUUAAUUGAUUAUCCAAGACCAUUAGUAUUUGUAAGUGGAAUUGGUGGGGUUGUGAAUGGUGAUGCAAAAGUUAAAAAUGGAACAUUAACAAUUUAUCAAAUUAGACAUACAGUAUUGGUUGGAAAUAAUAGUGUAUCAUUUCAAGCACAUGACUAUACCAAUUACCAAUACCCAUACCCAGUUUAUAUAAAUAAAACAGAUUAUGCAAUUGCACAAUGUGAUCAAUUACCAAGUAAUGUCAAAUUUGUAUCAAAACAAAAUAGAUGGAAUUCAAUUAGUGGUUUUGGAACUCCAUUCAAUUGGUUUAAAUUAUUGAAUCCAAUUAAUUUGGACAUAGGAAAAGGUUUCUCAAAUUAUGAAUUCGUUUGUCAAGUUCCUCAACCUUACGGCUGCUAUUUUUAUCCAGCUCAAAAUGGUGGAUACCAAAAAAGAAACUAUUGGUUAAUUGUAUUUAUUCAAGCUACAAAUACAUACAUUCCAUUUAAUCCAACAACCAAUGUUUUAAUAAAGUCAAAACAAGGUACAAUCGCUUUCAAUAGUACAUUUGAUGGUUUAAAAGAUCCAACUAAUCCACCAAUGCAAUUAUUAAAUUUUGAAUCUUUUCCACCAAUAAACUCUGUUUUAAGUUUUGGUGAAAUGACAAAUCAUGCAACUUUUCAAACUCAAAUUAUAAAUAAUAAAAAUACACUCACUAGUAUUUCAAAAGAAGAUGAUGAAAUGAUUCAAAGUCAAUUAAUUCCAUUACUUGGUUCAACUUCAAAUGCAACUUUUAUUGGUAUUUCUGAAUUUAGUACUGCUACUCAAAAUAAUAAAAUGCAUCUUCAAAUUGUUGAUAAUCAAGGUGCUAAAAGAAUUGGUGGUGAUAUUUCAAUUAGUACAAAAUUAAAAGAUUCAAGUGCUUCUUUUGAUAGUGAUAUAAAAACUUCAAUUAUUAAUGAAACCAAUUUUGGAUCAAGAUAUAUUUACCAUACAAAUGUUAAAUUUGAUACUUCAUAUGAUCCAACUAUGACUGUUUCUUUCGAUGACCAAUUUUCUUAUGAAGUUAUUCCACCAUCUUUCCCAUAUGGUAUUUCAAAUGGUACAUUACGUAAUCAUUCAAUUUCAAUUUCAUCUGCUACUGGUAGCUUCUAUAGUGGUAAUUUAAAUUGUUACCGUAAUGGUGAUCAUUCAAAGUCUGAAAAGAUUGCAAAUAUUAUUUCAAGUAAUACUGAUUUAAAUCCAGCUGUUAUUAGUGAAGUUGAGUUAUUUAAUUUAUCAUUUGAUAAAGUACUUAUUAGAAUAAAAGCAAAUGAUGAUAUUUCUGGUAUUAAAUAUUUAGAUGUUUUUAGAUUUAAAAUUCAAAGUUCAGAUUUAGUUUGGGGUAACCCAAUGAAUGGUGUUUAUGAAGCAAUUGCAUCAGUAAUUGAAUAUUCAACUAUGAAAACUAUACCAGUUAUUUCUUUUGAUUAUAAAGGAAAUAAUCAAGGUAUUGAUCAAGAUAAUCCAAUUAUUGAUACAAAUUUUAAUAAGGUUCCAAAUUUCCCAACUUUAAAUUAUAUUAAAGAUAAAAAAUUAGAUCCAUUUAAUUUUACAUCAUUUUCAUUUAAAUAUAAUGAUAUUGAUGUUUCAAAUCAAGCAUUUAAUAAUACAUUAUGUUUUGGUUUAUCAGGUGCUGAUAAAGGAAUGGUUCCACAAUUUUUCCUUUUAUAUUCACCAACAAAUAUGAAAGCAUAUGAAACUGAUAAACCAUUUAUUGGUGCAUGGGAUCCAUUAAAAAAUCAAUUCUGUAUUGAUUUCAUAAUUCCUGCUAGAAUUUUCUCUGGUGAAAUUAAUUAUAUUAUUUUCUUUUCUCCAUUUAUUUAUGAUCGUGGUUAUAUUAUAAAUUCAGUUGGUUCUACUGCUCAAUUAAGAGUUUUAUCAAAUUAUGCUGAUCAAUUACCACCAAUUAUUACAGAAUUUAAUGCAUACCCAUCAACAAAUGUUAAUGUAAAUAGUGAAAAAAUAAUUGGAUGGGAUUUAAGAAUUGAAGAUUUAACAAAUGGUUUAUUAUCAGCAGAAUUUAAUAUUACAAGUGAAUAUGAUUUAAAUCCAAUUACAAUUAAAUUAACACCAAACAAUGCUGUAUCUGGUAAUGAUAAAUCUGGUGUUUAUCAAUUAAGAUUCCCAGUUUCACCAAAUUGUAGAUCACAAUCUUAUAGAAUUUCAUCAGCAAAAUUAACUGAUGCUCAAGGUCAUUUUGGUGUUACUCCAUCAACAUAUAAUUUUAAUCCAUUCAUUAAAUUCCUUUCAUCAAAUCAACUCAGAAUUAAUACUACAUGUCCAAUUGGUAAUAAUGAUAAUGAAUCACCAAUUUUAAAUAGUUUUAAAUCUAGUUUAGUUUCUAUUGAUGUUGGUGGAUUCAAAGAGAAUAGAACGGUUGUAUUUGAAUUUACAACCUCUGAUUCUGGUUCUGGAAUUUCAACAAGACAUAAUCCAUUGGUUUAUUUAUCAAAACCAACAAGUAGUAAAAUUUCAUGUCAAUCUAAACUAUUAUCAUACACAAAUGGACAAGCAAAUUAUAGUUGCUCCAUUGAAUUACCAUAUGGUUUUGGUGCACAUGAUGCUUUAUUAAUAUCAAUUUAUGGUAUUGUUGAUAAUCAAUCAAAUAUGAAUGGUUAUUCAAGUUUUGAUCUUAAAUCACUUGGUUUCCAAUAUUCUUUAUUAAGCCAAUUUUCAGAUAUUCCAGUUUUAGAAUCAACCUCUUCAAUUACAAAUCAAGCUUCAACUCUUACCAUUUAUGGUCACAAAUUUGGAAUUGAUUCAAGUAAAGUUACACUUCAAGUUAAUUAUAAUAAUGGUCAAGGUUGGAAAAAUACAUCAGUUUCAUUCUAUGCUGGUAUAGUUUUAAUCACCGAUAGUAUCACUCCAACUUCUACACCAUUUUAUGUUCGUGUAAUUGUUAAUAAUAUUAUUUCAAAUCAAAUAAUAGUAACACCAACUUUAAUUCCAACUCAAUGUAAUUAUCAAGUUGAUCAAACUAUUAUUUCAAAAUGGAUAAAUAGCGAAGUUUAUCAUUAUCUUCAAGCUUCAAUUACUAUUAAAAAUAAUGGUAUCAAACCAAUCAAAGCAUUUAGUUUCAUGAUGUCAAAUAUUGAUCAAAUUUGGGGUGUAACAAUCUCAUCUGGUCCAACUUAUUCUUUACCAAGUUGGAAUCCAACUAUUAAUCCUGGUAAUGAAUAUACUUUUGGUUACAUCCUUAAAGGUACUGAUGUAGGUCAAUUAGUUAAUGUUAUGGUUGAUUGUUCAUAA